CAGGAACAGCCUGUUUGACUUUACCCGCAUCACAUCAUCAACUACAGAGCAGCACAGCAUCUAAACACACACACACACAGUGUUUUUCAGUCUCCCCUUUCUAUCCACACCGAACAGGAAUAACGUCAUGGGCAACGUGCAGCCCACCGUCGUCCCAAAAGAGGACUUUGAUGUCACAGCUGAUAUCAAAGCUAUCAGAAAAGCGUGUAAAGGUUUAGGCACAGAUGAAGAGAGCAUCAUUCGUAUCCUGGCCAAUCGUUCAUCAGCUCAACGUGUGGAGAUCAAACAGGCCUACCUUGAAAAAUAUGACGAUGAGUUGGAGGAGGUCCUCAAAGGCGAGCUGACUGGAAGCUUUGAGAAAGCCAUCAUGGCCAUGUUGGACCCUCUUCAUAUUUUCUUCGCCAAGGAGCUGAAGAGGGCCAUGAAGGGGGCGGGGACAAACGAAGCGGUGCUCAUAGAGGUCCUGUGUACGGCCACCAAUGAGGACAUCAUGAGGUACAAGGAGGCCUAUGUGCAGGUGCAUGAGUGUGACUUGGAGGCGGACAUCGAGGGGGACACCAGUGGAGAUGUGAGGAAUCUGCUGAUGGCACUGCUGCAGGCAAGCAGAGACGAGGGCUAUGAGGUGGAUGAGGGUUUAGCCGAACAGGAUGCCGCAUCUUUGAUUGAGGCAGGAGAAGGCAGAUUUGGCACAGACGAGUCCACCUUCAACUUCAUCCUGACUCACAGGAACUAUCUGCAGCUUCAGGCCACCUUUAAGUUCUAUGAGUCGCUUUCAGGAACAGACAUUUUGGACGCCAUUGACUCUGAGGCAACGGGGACUCUGAAGGAGUGCUACAUCACUCUGGUCCGGUGUGCUAAGAACCCUCAGCUGUAUUUUGCCCGGCGCCUCAAUGCCGCCAUGAAGGGAGCGGGCACUGAUGAAGACACGCUCAUUCGCGUCAUUGUGGGACGCUCUGAGUUCGACCUGGAGACGGUGAAGGACAUGUACCUGGAGAAAUACGACGUCACCCUGAAAGACGCUCUGGACUCCGACUGUGGAGGAGACUUCAAAACCCUCCUCAUUGAGAUCCUACAUUAAAAACAUCUCACCUUCCCCCCUGCAGGCCUUAUUUAACCAACAUUACACAUUCUGCAGCCAAUUAUCCUUCAUCCCCCUCCUCCUCAUUAUUCCCCUUUUACUCUGUGACAUCAUUCAUUCAUUUGUGGACGUCUUUCUAUCAGUCCUCUCACAUCUUCAUCUCUCUCUCAGUUCUCUCUGCAGCAUGAACCAAAAACAUCUAAGUACUAUAUAACCAUAUUUUACACAUGGUGAUUUUACAUUUACAGUCUUUAAAUACAUAGCUGUGCCAAGUAUUACUCAUCCAAAUGGAAUUGAUACCACUGUGGUUCGUCAUCCUGAAGAGGCCUCUGUUUCUCAACAUGUGUAGCCUCUUAUGUUUAUCACUUUAUUUAUUUCUCUUAACAUCAAUUAACUCCACCACUCUUUGCCUCAAAAAUACCUUUCAUAAAAUGAUAGUGAUGUAGUUUCCUUUUUUGCUGCACCACUUAAGUGCUGAAUCAUCACUUCAAUUGAAUUGUGUUAAAUAUAACUCUUUAAAUACAAAGUAUUGUUUUUUUAUAGUCACAUCCCUUUCAUAGUCCUAAGGGAUUUUUAACUCAGACGGUGUUUGGUCUUAUUACAAGUCACAGCUAACAUGCUGCCUUUCACAUUCACACUUUUUUAAUACAUAGAUUGUUCUCCUGAAGUCACUCAACCAUUACAUUGACAUACUCUCAAAAACACAAUUUUCAUAAUGAUUUUGUAAAACUUUUAGAUCAUGAUGAAUUAAACUCAAGUGACUACUUGGGCAUUAGUCACAUGCUAUUUUGUCCCUUGAGGUGCGCCAUAGGUAACGAGUCAAAAGGUGUAUCAACCUCGAGACAUCAAACAUUCCACUAUUUUGCAUCCUCUUCAUCCUCUACCGGCACUUCCUUCAUUUAUUUCAAGAUAAAAACAGGUUUGUAUCCGAACAGGACGUUGAUUACCCUUAGCUUAGGACCAUACAAAAAUCCAAAAUUAAAGCAUAAAACCUGUUUUGAAACGCAAAAAAAUAAUUGAAUUUCAAACAUGCAAUUAAAAACCUGAUUCUAAUCUACUGAAAAUCAGCGAUUAAUUGAGAUUAAAAUAUUUAAUUGUUACAGAGUCAGACGACUUUAUUAAUCUCAGCAGGGUAAUUCAGUGUAACGGCCUUAUGAGUGAUUAAAUGAGUUUAACAGCCCUGAUGAUGACAGUUAUAUUUAAAAAAAAUCUUGCUCUUUAACCUCUGAACUACAAUCACAGAUAAACGACACACACUCUGCAUUCAUGAAUCAUAUCUGAACUAGUUUAAUUUCAAACCAAUGUUACCCUUAUAUUAAUAACUAUCAUGUAUGUUUGUGUUGUGAAAUAGUAAAUAAAUAUAUGAAGGAAGUUAUUGUUAACCUGUUGGCAUUAAAUAUAUGUUGCAUAUG